CUUGUUAAGCUGAACAUGGGCAUCAUGAUGAACAAAGGGCAAGUUUUCUUGUUUGGAAUCCUGCUUGGCGCCUUGGUACUCGCAUUGGCAGAGUCAUUGGUAGUAAAAAGACCACCACAGAAACAAGGGACGUGUCCCCCACAGAGGAAUAAACUCGCAGGAUCCCCAUUCAGAUGUGCCUCGCUCUGCACAAAUGAUUACAAAUGCGAUGGAGACAAGAAGUGCUGUCUAGAUAACUGCCACAAGAUUUGCAAGCCUCCCGCAAAGGAAAGACAGGGUGUAUGUCCUACACUUACAGUAACUAGCAGAAACUCAAGCUGCUAUGACUUCUGCACCUCUGACAGUGAAUGCUCCGAAGGAUCGAAGUGUUGUGAAAGUGCUUGCGGACGGACUUGCACAUCCACUAUAAAAGUGAAGGAAGGCUUUUGUCUUCAGGAACAAGUCUUAAAAUGCAGUGCUUCGGAGGCAAAUUAUUGCGCUUCUGAUAAAAAUUGUUAUAAAGAUGAAAAAUGUUGUCCAAAACUGUGCCGCAUGGAAUGUCAGAAACCACUGACAGAGAGAGCAGGUAUAUGCCCUCCAGCGCCAUCUAACUGCACCGCUUUUGCAAACAAAGUUUGCCAAUCUGACAAAGACUGCGAAAUAUUGUACAAGUGCUGCAACACCAAAUGUGGAAAUCAGAGGCUGUGCCUGAAAGCAGUAAAUGUGCCAACCUUCUUUGUAUUCGGGCCAGGGAUACCAGUCUUCCCCCUCAAUCCAAACAAGCCCUAAGAAAUGAAGUCAAUUUAUCCAUACACUUGUUUAAUCAUUCUGUGUAUAUUUGCAUACGCACGCAACAAAUACAUACGAGAACUAGAGAAAGUGCAUAUUUAUGUCUUCAUACCGGAUGUUUUCCUAUGUUUUUGCUUUAUUUUGUAAUGUGAUGGGGUUGGAGCUUUAUUGCCUGGGUUUGUAUAAUAUUUAUUUAUGACCUUGACGAAAGUAAAAUAAAGUCAAAGUAAAAUUC